GGGCCGCAGGUCGAGGCACACAUACGCGCUGCUGCGCUGCUGCUGCCUCGCAUUGACGCAACAGCAGGCUGAGAAUCCCGGUCGGCCUGCUGUCAGAUUCAUGCGGACAUGAGGCCCUCGUCAGAUUCAUGCGUUUUCGUGCGCAUCCACGCCUGCCUGGGCAUUGGGUGAUACCGCCGGAGGUGUUCUUGUGCGUGCUGGCCGGGCUUCCUCUGUAGAUCCGGGACGGGCAUGAGGGUCACUUCGCACUCCUCGGCAGUUACACCCCAUCAGUUCUCGAUGCUCAGGUGUGUAUCCGUCGGUCCCGCGUGUAUAUAAAUCGAGCCCUCGCCGACCAAGAAUCUGGCAUCGGCAUCAGAGCACAGAACACAGAACAACCAAGCAUCGAGACCAACAGCCGCCUUCCAACUAUCACCACCAGUAUCAUUACCCCCAAGACCGACAACAUGGCGAACCUCAUCAACCGCGUCACCCUCUUCAAGCUCCCCGGAGCCGAGAACCAGGCCAAGCUGAUCGCCGCCUACGAGAAGCUGGCCAAGGAGCAGAACAGGGACGGCAAGCCUUACAUCGCCUACCUGAGCGUCGGGGCCGCGCAGGACGACCCGCGCGCCAAGGGUGUCACCGUGGUUGCGCAGGCGUCCUUCUCCAGCCUCGACGACAUGAAGUACUACGACGACGCCGACCCGGGCCACCAGGAGCUCAAGAAGAUCGCCAAGGAGGCCGGGUUGUCCGAGCCGCCCCUGACUGUCUACAUCGAGUCGGCCCCCGUCAUCAACGCCGCGAGGGGUUAG